UUACGGCUGCUGCUACUGGUGCAACAGCACCAAGCACAAGAUCUCUCUUUGCCAGGAUCAGGCCAAGGAGGAUGUGCGGCCUCGGUUCAACUCGGGAAUGUCGCAAGUCCUCGGUACACUUACGAGGAUUAUGCUACGGCUCAACUCGGGAAUGUCGGCAACAGCACCAAACACAAGACCUCUCUUUGCCAGGAUCAGGCCAGAUUCGGCCGCCUUGCUAGCGGCCUCCUACACAUCUGGGGAGGAUGCGAAUGUCGCAAGUCCUCGGUACACUUACGAGGAUUAUGCUGUCCACUUGGUUCCACCGCUGGACCAACCGCGCCAGGUGCAACAAUCUACCGCAUGCACGGUUUCAUCACCAUCGGCAACCGAUUCGGCAGCUUCGCCGUCAUCUACGGCCGGGGAUUCAACGUCAUGGUCAAGUCUUGAAGAACUCGACCCUUUGACUUUUGAGGACUUCCAAUGGAUGCCCCUGCCCCGGUCCGGUCGUUUGCCGAAACCGCAUUGCAACGUGCUCAAAGCACAAUUGCGGAAAUACUUGCACACUGCAGUACCGACUCCGUUGAUGGACGCCGGAGUAGAGGUUGUCGACCUUCACGCCUACAUUGCGAAGAUCGACCGCGAGUUCACGACGCAACGGUACGACGACAUCGACGCACCAUUGCUAUAUGUACGCAUUCAGAUCGGAGAGGCGACCUGCAAUGCUUUGAUCGAUUGCGGAGCAUCUCGCAACUACAUGAGUCAGGACCUCAUGGUACGCGCCGACCUUGGCCCACGAGUCCGAAGGAAGUCCCAGCCCACGCAAGUCACGUUGGCGGACGGUCACACGCACAAGUCAAUCGACCGGUGCAUUGAUGACGUCCCAGUGUACUUUGCCCCUCACGCAAGUGAGACGAUGUCCUUCGACAUUCUGGACACCAAAUUCGACAUGAUCUUGGGCAUGUCAUGGCUUCGAAACGAGGACCACCCGGUGAACUUCUACCGCCGCACUGUUCACGUUCGUGAUCGGAACGGAGUACUAGUCCCAUGCACAGUAGCUCCUCCUCACCCUUCAGUCAGCUGUCACGUGGUAUCCGCUGCAAGCAUGCGAGCUUCCAUCAUUAGAGACGACAUCGAGGAGAUGGGGGUGUGUUUUCUCCACGCCCUCCCGUCCCAUGACGCUUCAUCGACGGACUCAUCUUCGGAUCCACGCAUCACUGAGCUUCUGGACGCCUACAGCGACGUGUUCGAAGGCCUGCACGGACUAGUACCGGAUCGGCCCGUCCGCCACGAGAUCAUCCUCGAGGACGGGGCCGUACCUCCGCGCGGUUGCAUCUACAGAAUGAGCGAGGAAGAGUUAAGUGUGCUUCGGGCACAACUCGACGACCUUCUAAAGAAAGGCUGGAUUCGGCCUAGCUCAUCGCCAUACGGUGCUCCUGUUCUCUUCGUCCGGAAGAAGAACAAGGAUUUGCGGUUGUGCAUCGAUUAUCGCAAGCUCAACGCGCAGACGAUCAGAAACGCCGGCCCUCUCCCACGCAUCGACGAUCUUCUCGAGCGACUGGGGGGCGCCAAGUUCUUCUCCAAGCUCGAUCUCAAGUCGGGAUAUCACCAACUCGAGAUCCGGCAGGAGGACCGUUACAAGACCGCGUUUAAGACGCGAUAUGGGCAUUUCGAAUGGCUGGUUAUGCCAUUUGGCCUUACGAAUGCCCCGACCACUUUCCAAGCGGCUAUGACAACGGAGUUCCGACACAUGCUGGAUCGAUAUGUACUUAUCUAUCUCGACGACAUCCUGGUGUACAGCCGGAAUUUGGAGGAGCAUGUGGAACACCUGCGCACCGUUUUGGAGCGGCUACGACAAGCCAAGUACAAAGCCAACCGUGACAAGUGCGAAUUCGCGCGGCAGGAGCUGGAGUACUUGGGACACUAUGUGACGCCGAAAGGCAUCCGUCCGCUUGCGGACAAGAUCGAGGCCCUACGAGUAUGGCCCGAGCCCACCAACACCACGGACGUUCGUUCAUUCAUGGGGUUGGCGGGCUACUAUCAGCGAUUCAUCACCGGAUACUCCAGGAUUGCUGCACCUAUGACGAGGUUACAGUUGCCGAAGGUGCCAUUCGUAUUCGAUGACGACGCACGCCGGUCAUUCCAAGCACUCAAGACGGCCAUGCUCAUGGCACCCGUCCUUAGCAUCUAUGCGAGAGUGACUACGAACGCUUCCGGCUAUGGCAUUGGGGCAGUCUUGGAACAACACGACGGCGACGAUUGGCACCCUGUGGAGUAUUUCAGCCACAAAGUGCCUCCCAUCAACUCGCUUGAUGAUGCAACGAAGGAGCUGCUCGCAUUCGUCAUGGCUCUCAAGCGAUGGCGACACUUCCUCCUUGGGCGUCGUAGGUUCACAUGGGUUACGGAUAACAAUCCACUGACCUACUACAAGACMCAGGAUACGGUGAGCAGCACGAUCGGACGAUGGAUGUACUUCAUCGACCAAUUUGACUUCACACCGAAACAUCUUCCCGGCCUCUCAAAUCGCGCAGCAGAUGCACUCUCGCGAAGACCUGAUCUUUGCGCUAUGACACAUCAUGCCUUCGCAUUCGACGAGGAGCUUCAGCGACACUUCAUCCGGGCAUAUGAGUCGGAUCCGGACUUCGCCACGCUGUAUGCACAGCUAUCUUCGGAUCACCCGCCGGCCAGCCACUAUCUCAUUGCCGACGGGUACUUGCUCCUCCACUCGAGAGGCAAGGACUUACUAUGUGUCCCACGCGACCGCCGUCUUCGGACUCGCCUCCUCGGUGAGUAUCAUGAUUCGCGACUCGCCGGCCAUUUCGGAGUCAACCGCACUAUUGCACAACUUCUACAGUGAUUCCGAUGGCCCGAUCUCAUUACCGAUGUCACUCGGUAUUGCGACUCUUGCGA